UAAUAAUAUUGUUAAAAUUGUGUUUUGCAGAUGAAUAAAUUUAUCAGCGAAAGUGAUGUAGCUGAGCAGAAGAAGCAGCGACAACUCGAAUGGGAGAAAGUGAGGAAAGCCGAGGAUCCCGUGGAAGCCCCGGAGGCUCCUAUUGAUGCCCGCUCGUUGUACGAACGUCUGCAGGAACAAACCGAUAAAAAACAAGCCGAGUUUGAGGAAAAAAUAAAAUUUAAGAAUCAGUUUCGAGGAAUUGACGAAGACGAGGCAAGUUUCCUCCACACGGUGGCACGUCGUGCGCUAGAGCACGAGAAGCAACAACGAGAAGAAGAAGGGAAAGAGUUGAAAGCUUUUCGGCAAGCGAUGCUCGAACAGCGAGAAAACAAUGAUCAUGAAGCUGUUAAAAUAUCAACAAUAAAUAAAAACGUUUCCCCGGUUUGUUCCAAACAAUCGUCAUUGUUAAAGAAAGCAGUGAAGCGGAAAUCUGUCGACAAAGUUGGGGGAAGUGCCAAGAAGAAGUUGAAUUCACAAGGAACGCAAAACAGUAGUAAGAGUGAAACAAAUAAUGCCAUCGUAUACCCUCCAAGUUUAAACUGUGUGGCCGUGUUACCCGGUAUUGGGGGGUAUGGCUCGGGGUCUGAGAGUGACGAGGAACAAUCAGAUAAUGAGGCAUGAAAAUAUUUGGUUCAAACAUUUUGUGUUAAUUUGAAGUUGAUUUGAUUUCAUUUAUAAAUUAAGUUGGAUAUUAUUCCUUUUCACAAAGUCUUUUUUACUCCAACUGCUAAGACUAGUUAUUUUGUUCUAUAUGGCUGAGGUCGUGUGGUGUGUCACAGGACAUGAAAUGUGGACCACAGUUGCCAAUUUAAGAUGACGCAAAUUUUAAUUCAAUUUCUCUCAUUUGCAUCAG